AUGUCUUCUUCCAUCGACGAACCGACCACUUUGUGGAUUCGAUCUUUGGUAAACCAAGAUCGAUUCGAAUGGGAUCGUCGGCCCAUCAAAGAUCUCAUCUACCGGCUUUUGGAUGACGUCACUUCUUAUGAUUUCCAAUUAAUUUUUAUGGCCAUAUUGGUUUACGAUAGAGCUCAAGUGUUUCAAAUAUUCUUGGAGUAAGUCUCAAACACAGAAUAAAAUAAUAUUAUUCGUACAAUUAGUUGUGGUUUACUAAAACAGAUAGAGGCCGAUGAAGAGCCAGUGUUGUAUAAAGUAAUCCAAAACAAAGCUCACAAAUGUCUGAAGGCUCUGAUACGGCAUCUAGAGCCGGAGAAUUCAAUCUCGGCGAUUCUCCAGCUCUAUCAGAAUACAACGGCAGUGCAUUUGGCUGCUCAUAUUGGAGCUCCGAAGAUAUUAAAGGUAAGGUAUUAGGUGCCCUUUAAGACGAUUAGGUUCUCUUCGAGACUGUGAAGGAUGAGAUCAAUGACCUGAUGUCGGAUCUGUAUCAAAGAAGUCCUCUUCAUUAUGCUGCCAUCUCGGGUUCUUGUCACUGUGUUGAGGAAUGCUUGGAUUUUGGGUUCGCCGUUGACAAGAAAGAUAAAUUCCAUCAAACUCCCCUUAUGUUCGCCAUAUUUCGGGCGGAACGUAAUACCGUUAUUUUAUUAUGCAGAUUUGAAAUUUAGCUGAGAUUAUCAGACUUUUGGUUCGAAAGAAGCCGGCUUCGGUCUCGGUUCGAAACAAAUUCAAUGGCAUGUCUGUUCUCCACUUGGCUGUCUUGGCCAACAACAUUGAGGGACUUAAGAUUAUAUUGGAGGUUGCACCAAAGCAAUUGCUCGAUGUAAGAAGUGUAACGUAACAUGUCAUCUGUUCAGCAAUUGGAUGAAAGCACAAGAACUCCUCUUCAUUAUGCUGCCUUAUACGACCGAAAGGAAUGCGUAGAAUUGCUGCUCAAGAAUGGAGCCAACAAAAACGUGACCGACAAAAACUAUGCUUAUCCUGCACAUUAUGCGGCCCAACAUAGCUUGGGGAGUCUGAAACUGUUGACACAAGGAGUUAAAGAGGUAAUCAAGUCGUUUGACAAUAGUUUUCUUCAGGAUUUAAGUGAUGACAAAGGUCGAACUACAUUCAUGUGGGCUGUUUUGGCCAAGAAUGAUGAAAUAGUAAAGGCCUACCUUAAUCGAGAGAUAGGUAUAAACGUGGAUCCAAACUCGGCUGACAUCUACAAAAAGACCGCAUUGCAUCUGGCAGCACACAAAGGGUCCUUCCAGAUAUGCAAACAACUCAUUAAUGCUGACAGACCUUGGAGUAUUACGGUAGACCAUCAAUAAUAAAGUAAUCUUCGUUUAGCAAGAGGACUGUAAACUGGCUACUCCAGUCCAUUUGGCGGCAGGAGGCGGGCACAAUCAUAUAUUGGACUUGUUUCGAUUAUCGGCGGAUAUUGACAUUCAGAACAGUGAGAAAACGUGAGUAAUCGUUCAAAACGACAAGUUCUUGCAGAACCCCAUUAUUUUAUGCCUGUUUGGGGGGAAUGUCACAUACCGUCCAAGUUUUGGUAGAGACUUACAAGGCCAAUGUGAAUCACAAGAAUUACAUCGACCAAACCCCUCUCCACUGUGCGGUCUUUUCUGGAUCUCUGCCAUGUGUAAAGACUCUACUUGACCUUAACGCUGACAUCCAUGCCAGAAAUAUCAAACAGAAGACCCCUGUAGAUCUUGCCGAAGAACUCAACCAAAAACUCAUAAUCGAACAUUUCGCGGCCCGGAUUAAAUAUGAGAUGCAAAUAUAA